AAGUUUGUGUAAACAAGAUCUGAUUUUGUACAAGAUAAACAAAUCUCACAAAUUACUUAAUAUAUCUACCUGUCAGAAAGACCAUAGGAACGGAAAUUAAGAAACUGUUUCUGACGGACUGAUAUUGUAGUUGCUACUUCCAGUAGACUGAUGCAAUAGCCAGCUCCAGACGUGCGCUCUCCAUUAUUGUUCAAUGUUGUGCGUUCAUGCAAACAAAUGUGAGUAAUCAUGUAAAUAUUUAACACUUUGUAGUUAUAAUUGUGAAUGUCUGGCGAUCUGUGGAAUAUUUUAGAGAUGUGUAAUGACGAUCGCGAUUUGACCGCGAAUAGGCGCUAAUUUCCAUAAGACGCGUUAGUCUGAUCACAUUGAACACACCUGCUGUUGUAUUUCAUGCUGCGUCAUGCCGUGUAUUGGAGUUUACAUAUAUAAUAUUCAUAUAUUAUCUGAUAGUUAAAUAUUCAUUUGUGAUGAGUGAUUUAAUCAGUUAUUGAUAUUUUGUGAGUUAAUUUGCAGUGAAUAUAUACAGAUGUUGUAUUCAUAUUGUAUUCUCUUUAUCUGUUUAACAGACCACACAACGCAAUAACCUAUGUCAAAUACUGCCAUUUGAUCCAUCACAUCUUCAGAUGAUGUUGUAAGGGAUAUCAGUGCUUACCUGAAAAGUACUAUUAAAGAAAAGCUAGAAAGGAUUCACAUCGACCAUGCUUGAUUCUCUAUCCGGAAUCAAUGUCCAUAUUUGUCCGCCAGUAGAACUGAGAAUUUAACAAGGUUGACAGAGGUGGUAAUCUGCAACAAAUUGGUCCUUCGAGCCGGAUUACUGGCAACAGCAAACAAUAUGGACACUGCAGCUAGUGAUGCAGCGGAGCCUGUGGUCAGACCCAAGAGACAAAGUAAACCACCUUCACACCUGAGUGACUAUGAGGUUGGCUACAUACCUCUAGUGGACCCUCCUCCAAUCUCUUCUUCUCGCUGUCACAGCCAACAUAAGAGCCAAUCGAGGAAAACGUCCCACAGUAAAGCCAGCUCUCAUUCCAGAUCCAGUGGUCAUUCCAUUAUCUCUGGUGUGCAAGCUACUUCUGCACUCACAAGCAGUCAGGCAGCCAUGGUGGACGAGAGAAUCAAGCAGAGGCAGUAUGACAACUUACGUCAGCAGAUAGAGGAGGACACGUUGGCAGAAAUAGAAUAUCAGAGGCUGCAAACACAAGCUAAAGAGGCUCAACGUGUUCAGGGAGAGGCUCUCAUGGCAAAGGAAGCACUAACUAACUAAUUAGAACGACGACGUAAGCUAAAAAAGGCAGAGACUGACCUAGAAGUGGCCAAACUUGUGAAUUCUUUGCUCAGCCAAGACUUGAGUGUGGAUGAUGCGGGUCCUGAAAGAUCCCCAGACACAACCGUGCCACCACCACAGUCACUUCAUGCCAGCCCAGUCCAGUCUCAUGUAUCUCCGCAAUCUCCCAGCCCUGUAUUGUCCAUGAUGCAAGCAAAGCAGACUGUCUCAGAGGCACAGAGCACAUCAAGGGGACUAUGCAUAGUUCAGUCACUCAAAACUCCUCCAUUGACAUUACAAGCAACUAUGCCAUUACUGGUUCCAGCUUACACCGCACAUCCGCUGUCCGCAUGUACAGUCACUCAAACCCAAGGAAGAUCACAAGUAGCACAUUAUCAGGAGAAUAUGUCACAUGUCUUGCAGCAGCCAAGCCCAGUCUCAAUACCACUACCUCAAUUCAACCCUGUGCAACAAGCAGCGACUCAGCUUGCGACACCAUACACAGGUAGUGUUCUGACAUCACAGACUAGACCUCCUGUUGCACCCAUUGCAUCAACCUCACAUGUGAAUACUCCAUUACAAAGGCAAUCAGCCCCUCUUAUGAGUCAGAAUCAGCCUAUUCCAACCACUCAUCAUAGAGCACCUCUCUUAUCUAACACACCUAUCUGCCCUCAACCAUAUUCACCUCUACCUGUUCCUCAAGCUGGUUACAUACCUCAACCCGGGACAGAACUUCUGAUGGCAGCAGCCUAUGGCAUUCCUCACCCCACACUACCAGUGUUUGAGAGUGGCACUGAAAGUGACUUUGCCUUGUUGAGAGAAAUCUGUCAAGCCUUUUGCACCGGCACAAGUAAAAGUCAUUUCCAAGCCAAAGCCCUAUUGUCCUCAUUGCGACAACCAAGAUCACUGUCUCAACUCCUGUGAUAAAUUCAAAAGGCUGACCACUGCACAGAUCAUCACCUGGAUCGCAGAGGGCAAACGCUGUUGGAAGUGUGGUCGGAAUCAUUCAGCUGACUCCUGUAACCUCAAGCGACCGUGUACAAUCUGCAAAGAGCUUCACCUUACCGUGCUGCAUGACUCAAUUAAUGACACCUCCAGAGCAGUGCUUAUGGUAAGCCUACCAUCGACACAGAUAUAUCUAGAUAGACCCAACCGCUCACAGAAAGUCAUGCUUAAAGUAGUCAGAGUCCUCUUGCACAAUGGUGGCCAAACCAUGGAAGCUCACGCUGUCUUAGAUGACGGCUCUGAAAGAACUAUCGUCCUUCCCCAAGUGGUUCAACAGCUCAGGCUAAAUGGAGCUCCAGAAGUUCUUCCCUUGCAGACAAUCCACCAGAGCCAUACCAAACUUGAUGGGUCCACAGUAACCUUUGAGGUGUCUUCUCUCAUCAAACCUACAGAGAGGUAUGUGAUUCGAAACGCAUUUACUGCCUCUGGUUUAAGCCUUGCUGAACAUACUUACACUGUGGCAGCACUCCAGAAAGCAUAUCGCCACUUGAGAGGUCUACCCUUACAACCAGUUGACAACGUCAAACCCUUACUCCUCAUAGGGUCUGAUAUGCCACACCUCCUGAUGCCAGUUCAGCCAGUGCGAAGAGGAGCAGAGAGCAGCCCCAUUGCCAUAUGUACCAAGCUUGGUUGGGUACUGCAAGGCCCAACCCUUACGAAAAUUAACCAUGGUUUUACUACAAAUAAAACCAAAAAAUCAUGGUUACUGUAGUUAAACCAUGGUAACCACAAACUAACCAUGGUUUUGCUAUAUUAACCAUAGUUUAACCACGGUAUUUGUAGUAAAUCUGUGGUUUUACAAAUGGCAGUCAAUAUGCCAAAAAACCAUGGGUUACUACAGUUUUACUAUAAUAAAACCAUGGUUAUUUUUUGUAAGGGAAUGUGUCCAAUUCAGCCCCCUAAAGGUCUGCAACAAUGUUUGCAUAUUAUGACAGCCCCAACACGUGACGAGCUGUAUCAGCAUGUUGAGCGCUUGUGGCAAGUUGACACUGUUCCAUACAAUGAAAAGGUGAUAACAAGAUCGAAACAAGACCAACAGUGCUAUAACCUUUUGCAGACUGCCACUGUCAGAGUGAACGUGGAUGGUGUCCUGCGGUAUGCUACUCCACUGCUGAGGCGCACUCCUAUCACUUUGCUUAACGCAGGUAUGGAGUCUGUGCUCCCCAGCUUAAGAAACAUUGAGAGAAAACUGGCCAAGAAUCCUGAGCAAGCACAAGUUUACUGUUCUGAGAUUCAAAAGCUUGAAUCAGCAGGCUACAUUGCUAAGAUAGCACCAGAUGAGGUAGACAAGUCCACAGAGUCGUGGUUCAUUCCCCACCACAUAGUGCACCACAAUGGAAAGGAUCGAAUAGUCUACAACUGUUCCUUCCAGUACCAUGGUCAGAGCUUGAAUCAACUCCUUCCAGGGCCAACACUUGGGCCAUCUCUGUUGGGCAUGAUAUUGAGGUUCCGACAACAUGCAGUUGCAGUGAGCGGGGACAUAAAAGGCAUGUUCCACCAAGUACGUUUAUUACCUGGUGACAAAUCGGUACUGCGAUUCAUCUGGAGGAACAUGAACCAGGAAGCUCACCCAGACAUUUACGAGUGGCAGGUACUUCCCUUCGGUACGACCUGCAGCCCAUGCUGCGCCACUUAUGCUCUUCAGUAUCAUGCCCAAGAAUACCGACAUACCAUGGCUGGAUUAGUUGACAUAGUGGAGACCUCAUUUUAUGUGGAUAACUGCCUUCACAGUACCCCCGAUCAAGGUGAGGCCAAGGCCAUAAUAGAUGGAUUGCGUCAGUCCUUGUUACAGGGAGGCUUUGAAAUCUGACAAUGGGCAUCCAAUGUGCCAUCCAUUCUCCGGCACCUCCCAUCGGAAGCAAGAUCAGCUAGUAGUGAGUGCUGGUUGUCUCAGAGUAGCACUGACCUGCAAGAACUUACACUCGGCUUACAAUGGAAUUGCCUCGACGACACCCUUGGGUAUAGAAACCGUGUAGCAGAACCUGCUCAGCCCACUAUGAGGAACCUGUAUAAGACUUUGGCAAGCCAAUAUGACCCCUUGGGGUUCAUCCUUCCCUUCACCACGAGGGCAAAGACUCUGAUCCAGGAUCUCUGGAAACACAACCUAAGCUGGGAUGACCCUAUUGAACCCUUACAUCUACGUGAGAAAUGGUCCACAUGGAUUGCAGAGCUUUCCAGUAUCACCAAACUACAAUUCCCUCGACCUUAUGCUCCUGGCAAGUCCGACACUCCGUCCACUGUCAGAGAGUUACAUGUCUUUUGCGACACCUCUGAGAGGGUAUAUGGAUCUGUCGCCUACCUUCAGGUCAACGACGAGAGUGAUGAAGUCCAUGUCACCUUUGUCCUUGCUCGAUCGAGAGUGGCCCCUAGGAAAUGUCUAUCUAUGCCCCGCCUGGAGUUGUGCGCGGCGCUCUCUGGAGCUCAGAUGGCCAAAGUCAUACAGACUGAACUUACCAUUCCCAUACACCAAGUCACAUACUGGACCGAUUCAACCACGGUGCUGCAUUGGUUAAAAUCAGAAUCUUGCCGAUACAAAGUCUUUGUGGGGUCCAGAGUAGCCGAGAUCCAGACACUGACAGAUGUUUCCAGAUGGCGGUAUGUUGACUCUGCUAGAAAUCCCGCUGACCACAUCACCAGGGGUCUUACUUUAGCGGAAAUAGCUUGCCCCCACCAAUGGAGAUCCGGUCCUUCCUUCCUGACUCAACCACAGAAUAAGUGGCCAGCAUUACCCAGUACAGGAUCUGAACCAGACCUGAGUGAGAUGAAAAGAGCAUCCUUUGUUGGAGCAAUCACAGUUGUUCCCAGUCCAGUGCCUUUAGACAUCAGUCAAUUCAGAACCUGGAAGGAGCUACUUCAAGCAACUGUGGAGUCCUGUGAUGGGGCGGCCAACUCUGACAACUCUUCUGAAGCCUCAAGGUAUAUACAGGCAGAGAAGCUCCUCUUAGCACAGGCACAGCUUGAUUCAUUUCCAGAAGAAUUGCGGGCUUUGAAAGCUGGACAAUUCAUCUCGACAGACAGCCGAUUGAGGUCUCUUGCUCCAGAAUAUGACAAAAAUACUGGUCUUAUCAGAGUGGGAGGACGACUUCGUCGUAUUGAAACCCUGCCUCCUGAUUUCAUUCACCCUAUUGUUCUAGACCCUCAACAUCAGGUCACAAAGUUGCUCAUCCAAGACAUAGAUCAACAGCUCAAUCAUCCUGGUGCAGAACGAGUACUAGCGGAGCUACGCCGUCAAUAUUGGGUGCUUAGAGGCCGUGAAGCUGUGCGCAGACACCAACAUUUCUGUCAGGAUUGCUAAUUUUGGCGCUCCAAGCCACAGAACCCAAAGAUGGCUGACCUUCCACCAUGCAGGCUACGUCUGUUCAAGCCACCAUUCUUCUCCACUGGCGUAGACUGCUUCGGGCCCUUUCAGGUGAAGAUAGGUCGACGUCAUGAAAAGAGAUGGGGGAUCUUAUAUAAGUGCUUGACGACCAGAUGUUUACAUCUUGAUCUCCUUGAACACCUAGACACAGACGCCUUUCUCCUGUCUUUACGACGCUUUAUAGCCCGGAGAGGGAAUCCCUUUGAGAUACUAUGUGACAACGGCACCAACUUCACUGGAGGCGAUCAUGAGUUAAGAGAAUCCUUUAGUCAAAUGACACCUGAACUUCAGACACAACUAGCUAAACAGCAGAUCCAGUUUCACCAUAUCCCACCGAGCUCCCCUCAUUUUGGCGGUACAUGGCAGCGAGAGGUGAAGUCAGUUAAGACUGCUUUACGAGUCAUUUACAGGAACAAUUCGUGCCUGAAUCUGUGCUGCAAACAUUACUAGUGGAAGUAGAGGGCAUACUCAAUUCCAAGCCACUUGGCUAUGUUUCAUCGGACAUUGCAGACCCGGACCCUGUGACCCCGAACAUGUUACUCAUGGGACGCCGUGAUGCCUCCUUACCACAAGUCCUUUAUGACUCCAACGAGCUCUUGGGCAAACGCAGGUGGCGACAUAGCCAGGUAUUGGCUGAUCAGUUCUGGAUUGCUUUCAUACGCAGCUAUCUACCAGAACUACAGGGCAGACAGAAAUGGACAUCGGAUGGCAAAGGGUUGGCAGUAGGACAAGUGGUGCUCCUAAUUGACCAUCAACUCCCACGAGCACUAUGGCCUGUGGGUACCGUGACAGAGACCUAUGCAGGAGCAGACAAGAGGAUUCGGACAGCUAAAGUCAAAGUCAAGGACAAAACAUAUCUGUUUAACAGACCACUGAGGGGAAGUCGUGGCAUAAUGGUUAGAGGGUUGGACUCCCAAUCGAAGGGUUGUGGGUUCUAGUCUCGGGCCGGACGGAAUUGUGGGUGGGGGGGGGGGUGCAUGUACAGUUCUCUCUCCACCUUCAAUACCAUGACUUAGGUGCCCUUGAGCAAGGCAUCGAACCCCCAACUGCUCCCCGGGCGCCGCAGCAUAAAUGGCUGCCCACUGCUCCGGGUGUGUGCUCACAGUGUGUGUGUGUGUGUGUGUUCACUGCUCUGUGUGUGUGCAUUUCGGAUGGGUUAAAUGCAGAGCACAAAUUCUGAGUAUGGGUCACCAUACUUGGCUGAAUGGCUGAAUGUCACUUCACACAACGCAAUAACCUAUGUCAAAUACUGCCAUUUGAUCCAUCACAUCUUCAGAUGAUGUUGUAAGGGAUAUAACUGCUUACCUGAAAAGUACUAUUAAAGAAAAGCUUGAUAUCAACAUUACCCUUACAUUAAAAUAAGAAUUUUCAAGAAAUUAAAACUUUUAUUAAGCAAGGAUGCAUUCAAUUGAUCAAAAGUGACCAAAAAAAUAGUUCUACAAAACAAUUAUAUUUCGAAUAAAAGGUGUUGUUCCGAACUUUCUAUUCAUCUGUGAAUCCUGAAAAAUGUAAUGUAUCACAGUUUCCACAAAAAUAUGAAAGGUUUUCUACAUUGGUAAAAAUCAGAAAUGUUUCUUGAAUAGCAAAUCAGCAUCAAGGUUAUUAAAUAAAUAACUAAUAAGUAAUAAGUAAGCAUCACAAACGGCCAUUUGAGUCGAGUUAGAUCGGGACAGAGCGGGCCCGCGAAUCAUUUGAAUCAUUUGAGUCAUAUCGCAACUUCAGAGCGGGUUAACGAAUCAUUUGAGUCGAGUCAGAUCGGGACUUCAGAGCGGGUACGCGAAUCAUUUGAGUCUUUCCCACCCAGUACCGGACAUCAUUUGGACGUCGUAUUCUGGUCUAAAUCAAGACGGCCCGUCAUGGCCAUCUUUUAGACCAAAAAGCGAUGUUGAAAAUUGGUCUUCAUUUGUUCCAUCGGAUUUGGUCCAAAUUAAGACAAAAAAGUGACAUUUAACGUCUUUUAUUAAAAAAAAUUUUAAAUCCAAAUUUAGCCCAAAAAUAAAUGUAGAUGGGCUUUAGUCCAAAUUUAGCAGAAAAAAACUUUUAUUUUGCACCACGAAGCCAUUAACAUAAACUAGUGAAGAAAUAUAGGCUAUUAGACAUCAUGUCUGAAGCACUGUUAAAUAUAUUGAAAUAUAUUUUGAAAACACUUGAUGGUCACGCGCUGAACUGGAGCAGAGGACGUCACCAUGGAAACGGGGCUCAGCCCAACCAUGGUUGCCAGGGUAGCGGUUUUCAGCACAAUUUGGCUAUUUUAGAAAAGGAGUUGCUGGAAAAAAUAGUUGCGGGUUGCGUUUUUUUGGGCUACAUUUAUAAUGUACCGCGGCCGCAAAAAAAAUUAAAUUUGGCUAGAGCAGAAUUCUUUGCUAAAUAUAAUGAGGAUUCGAGCUUACAUGCAAAGAAGAAACAUAUGCUGCCAUGAAUUUAAACCAUCACCACGGAUGCUUUCUUUCUUUACUGCUGAAAUCUAUUCAGCACCACCUGAGAAGGGUGGGGAAGAGAGCACCAAUGUCUAAAAUAAAACAGCCCCGAUAUUGUAUAUGGUUCUGUUCAAAUCUGUAAUCAAAAUGAGGCUGCGCAGUUAGACCAUCUAAGAAGAAAAUGUUGUGAAAAGUUCUGAAAAAAGAGAAGACAAACAACAACAAAAACAAAGGGACAAGUGUUCAAGUUCACCCAGUAAGCAUAUCUGUAAUAAUAUUAGUGGUGGGCCGUUAUCGCCGUUAACGUGCUGCGUUAACGCAAGACUCUUAUCGGGCGAUAAAACAAAUAUCGCCGUUAAUCUAUUCUCAAAGUUGGGUUGGGAGCUGGGUCUAUACUAAGCAAGCUAUGAUGACUUUCACCUUGAUAUUUUAUAUAACUGACUCGCUGAGGACAGCCUAAAAAGAUGACAGGACAGUUGACGGGCCACUGCUGCGCAUCGUCACGAAAGCUUAUCUUUCUCACGUGUUGUUAAGCCGUACCGCUUGUCGAUUUAAACAUUAAAAUAUCCAAAAACUAAACGCGGAGAAGCUGAACAGAGUAGCGCGUGCCGUUCGGUGCGCACGAGAGAGAGAGAGAUUUUUUUAAUCUAGAUUAAUCUCACUGUGAUCUUGAAAUUAAUCUAGAUUAAUCUAAAUUAAAAUGGCUCAUUCGAAUUCUGCCGAAGGCAUUCAGAAUAUGUGUUAUCCAAAUAAAAUUGACAAACAGUAAGUCUUUGAGAAGGGGUUUAUCAAGCUAGGUGGUGCAUUAUAAAAGGGGCUCAUCUCCUGUUUCCAAAAUGUUUCACAAAGUGCUUGAAAAAGCUGUAAACUAAUUCCACAUUGCACAAGGUGCAAACAACCUUACGCCUGUUUCACACCAAUGUUUAAGUUUUUUUUUCAAGUUUGUAGGUGUCAAGGUACAGAAACCAAAUAAUAGCACUGGAUAGUCUUCAAUGUAAAAAUUAAAUAUACAAUCAAACCUACAUUUAUUCAGACACCUUCAACAUUUCUCACAUUAUUACAGUUUUGCUAUAUACUGUAUAUCAAUAAUUAUAUCUGGUUUCUGAAUAAUUUUUGGUUUGACUGUUAAAACUACAAAGAAAUUCAGUCAAGAGCAGUGAGUGAUUUUCAUUUUCAUUUUCUUGGAUUAACAUUACAGAGGCCAGUAGCUAAAUUAUGGCGCGGCCACUUUAAGAGACCAUGAACUCAUCCAAUAUCAUUCACAUCCCAUUUUUUCCCUCAACUGUUUACUUUCACUUAAGAAAUAACUGACAGUUUUUUCGAUCAUAAUUUCCAAGGUGGAUAUUUUAUUGAUAAAAGCCAGUGUAUGUUAAUUUAGUUUAACAGUGUGUGAAUUUUAAUAUUGAUGCUUGUGUGUAAACAGAACAGCCGCAAAUCUGGAGAGAAAAGCAUGAGAGAAGUGCUGAGAAGAGAAAAAGAAUCAGAGGGACGUAUCAAGGCCUCACAGCGACCGUCCUCAAACAGGGAUCCAAUCAGGCGAUCCGGUUCUUCGUCAUGACCUCUCUGAGGAACUGGUACAAGGGUGACAAUCCCAACAAAUCCAUCAACCCCGUCAUCACCGGAGCGUUCGGUGCGAUCGCAGGAGCGGCGAGUGUGUUUGGAAACACGCCGCUGGACGUCAUCAAGACCAGAAUGCAGGGUUUGGAAGCUCAUAAAUAUAAAAACACAAUGGAUUGUGCCCUGAAGAUCAUGCAGCAUGAAGGACCAGCAGCGUAAGUGUGUGUGUGUAAUGACAUGGGUAUGACACAGGUAUUACAAGGAGAGGGUGACUUAUGAGGACAUAACCCAUGUCCCCAUUUUUCAAAACGCUUAUAAAUCAUACAGGAUGAGUUUUUUUGAGAAAGUAAAAAUGCACAAAGUUUCCUGUGAGGGUUAGGGUUAGGUGUAGGGUUGGUAAAGGGCCAUAGAAUAUACAGUUUGUACAGUAUAAAAACCAUUACACCUAUGGGAUGUCCCCACUUUUCACAAAAACAAACAUGUGUGUGUUUGUGUGUGUGUGUGUGUGUGUGUGUGUGUGUGUAAGAGAAAUAGUGUCAUCUAUCUAUCGUUUCUUGAUCCUAAUUGAAUGUGCAGUGCUGCAUUGACAGAUCUGUGUGUGUGUGUGUGUGUGUGUGUAUGUGUGUGUGUGUUUGGGGCCUUUAGAAAUACUCUUUGGGAUUGUUUGUGCCAUAUCCUGUGAUGUGUAUGUUCUUGGCCUUUUCUUUGUAGAUCUAGACUGAAGGCUUCUUAGACUAAAUGCUAAUGUGCUAAUAAAAUUAUUUUACAUUGA